AUUAGCAAAAUUGUUGAAUGAACAACUCUACAUGAUUUCGCUUGAUUUACUACAAAACAUAGGUGUAUAAACUAUGCUAAAUAUCUAAAAAAAAUCAUAAAAAAAAAGAGAUAAAAGUGAACUAGUUUUGAAAAGAAUGUCAGCCAACUCUACCAGAUAUUCUAUCUUAUACACCAAAUCUAAACAAUAUGUUUACAAUAUGAGUGAAUGAUACAUCUCAAUUAGAUAUGAUCUUGUCCAAAACAAUUUUUUCAUCGCCCCACAUAUAGAGAACCAAGAGAUUUAUGCAGAUCAAACAAUUCAACUCACAUUAUAUUUCUAUAACUACAUCUAAGAUUUACUUGGUCCAAAAAUAGUCGGUUCUUUACUUCUCUCUCUUUAAAUUUUGCUUUUUCUAACUUUUUCGAUUAAGAACAAAAGAUUAAUUAAAGGAUAUUGACAAAUAUUUUGUAGUUACUUAACAUAAUUUGUAUAUCCUUUUUUUUUUUUUUUUUUUUUUUUUGUCAACAUUUAUAUUGAUGGGACCGAAGUCCAAUUUUGAUACAAAUGGAUAACAACCAAAAACCCAUACAUAAACAACCCAUUUUAAGCCCAGUUACAACAGAUAAUUAUGAAUUAAACAAAGACGAGUGUCUUCCACGCGUCUUUCAUUGGGUUGAAGAGCUUGAUACGUGUCACACAAUGGGUACAGCUGGAGCUUCGCCGGACUGGAGGCCAACUGCAGCGUCGCCGGUACGGUGGCCACUUCUGGCUGCGAUCAAUACAAGAACAGAAACUCCAUUCAAAGGUUGAUUCCAUUUGCCUGCUUCACUCUCCCUUUACGCCUCUGUCUUAAAUGAAAAUUCCAUUACUCCCGCUGGAUAUGUAAGACCACCAAGUAGCUUGACUCAAUUCGUUAUCAGCCUUUGCCGAAACGUUUGUAUAUAACAAACUCCGACUUUUCUUAAGCUGUAACAAAAUUGAAGAAACAAACUUGCAAAUCUCAAUCCUUCAUCUGCUCGGACUACUCUGCUUUUUUAGAGCAACAGAGAUUGAUAUCUUUAAAGAUGAAGGUUGAGGAUGACCAGCAAGAAUAGUAAAACACAAAAAAGACAGUCGGGAUAAGAUAUUUAACGAGAGAAGAAGCUUAAACAAGCCCGAUCAGAAAGAUCGGAACUUUAUUAGUUUCAAGCCUAAAUCGGAAACAGAAGAUGAAGAACAUGAAGAAACUAGUCCGAUUAGGUUAAAACGCACAACAAAAUCGCCACAGCGAAGAAACAAAAUCGGCUAACCCGAAAGAAAAUCCGAUAAACGGAAGGGAGGAUUCGAUCGUAGAUCGAAAUAUUAACAACAAAAAACAAGAAGAAGCAUAAUCUCUCCUCUAAUCAAACUCUAACCCUCUGAAAGAUUUUUUAUUGAUAAAAGGGUAGAGUUUUCCAGAGAGAAAAUCUCUCUCUAACAGAGGAGAGAGAAGCCUCAAUUAUCCAAACCUAUAUUUAACAGUGCAUGACUAACAUUUGUAUAUCCUUUCCUUUUUAUGAUUUAAGGCAAUGACAUGAAAAUAGGAAAAAAAAAAAGAGAGAGAUAUGGAGGGUCCAGAUUAAAAGCAAGGUCCGUAGAUCAACGGUGGAGGAAAUUCAAGGGAUUAUUAUUAUAAAUAGAAAACAAAUCCAUCUUCCUAAACUCAGUAGUAUAUAAGUAAAACAAAAAGGCCGACGGCUCACAACCCUAAUCCGAGCCAACCUCUUCCUCCAAGUCCAAAGCCCAUUACACGCCGUUUGAUUCUUCCCGCCGUUGCUCUUCUCUCUCUCUCUCUCUCUCUCUGCGUCUGACUUAUGGAUCCCAACCCUUCUUCCGAGCUCGUUGACAACAAAGUUAAUCUCGAGAUUGAAUCUUCCGAUACACAACCAAUCAAGAGGAGGAGGAAGAGGAAGUCUAUGGUGUGGGACCACUUCACCACCGAGACAACAACCUCCGGAACCACCAAAGCCUUUUGCAAACACUGCAACAAGUCCUACGCGUACAUGUCUGGUGGCAAAGCUUCGGGGACAAGCCACCUCAAGCGUCACAUCGAGUUAGGUAUUUGUGAUAAGUGCCCGAACACGAACCUGAUCACUCAAAGGAAGGAUGAAACUGCUUCUUGUCCUCCUCCCAAGAAGCGUCAGAGGAGAUGUAAUGUCGCUAUGGAUCAAGAUGGAUGCAACCAUGAGAUGGCUAAGAUGAUCAUCAUGCAUGGUUACCCUCUCCACAUGGUGGAGCAUUCUGGUUUCUCUUCUUUCGUUAAGACUCUUCGUCCUCAGUUUGGGAUGCCAAAGUUUGAUACUGUCCAUGGGGAUUGUGUUGGCAUGUUCUUGUCUGAAAAGCAGAAACUUUCGGAGUUUAUUGGAGAGAUUCCUGGGGGAGUUAGCCUUAGUGUUGACUUGUGGUUAUCAAAGGAAUCAGUGGGUUACGCCUUUGUGAGUGGACACUUUGUAGAUAAAGACUGGAGCUUGAGUAGCCGUCUUCUCAAUGUUGCUGUUGUGGCUUGUCCUGAUUCGGAUGUGGCGUUGAACCAGCCUGUUGCUGCUUGCUUAUCUGAAUGGAAGCUAGAAGGGAAAGUUUCAAGUCUCACUGUCAGCCAAUCACAAGUGAAUAAAACCUGCGUUGAUAAUCUUAGAGGCUUCUUGUCUUUUAAGAACCAGCAUGUGUUGAACGGCCAGUUAUUGAUGGGGGAAUGCUACGCUCGUCUAAUAAGCAGUAUGGCGAAAGAAGCACUUGCGGCUGAGGAGGUUCAAGGACCGGUAAAGAAAGUGAGAGACAGUGUUAAGUAUGUUUUGACAAACGACGCUUGUGGAGAGAAGUUUGAGGAGGUGAAGAGACUGUUUCCAGCUUCUGCUCCGUACAAAGAUCUUGUUAUUGACAACAUAGGGAGAUGGGACACGAGUUACAAGAUGUUGUUGGUGGCUUAUGAGCAUAGACAAGUGUUUACUUGUUUGGAGACAUGUUAUCCUGGUUACAAGAUAUCGAUAUCUGAUGAAGAGUGGAGGAAGAUUGAGAGUUUCUGCUUGUGCUUGAAAGUUCUUUUCGAAGCGUGUGAGGUCUUGAUUAUGCCAAAACGCUUGACAGCAAAUACUUUUUACGAUGUGAUGACCAAGCUUCAGCUAGAGCUUAGCCGCAUCGCCAUGGGUGAAGAAGAGCUUGGAAACGUUGUGAGUUCGCUGAGGGAGAGAUUCGACUUGUACUGGAGAGGAUGCUUCCUUGUUGUGGCGGUUGCUGUGGUCUUAGAUCCUCGGUUCAAGAUGCAACACGUAAAGGAAACAUUCACUGAGUCGUAUGGUGAAGAUGCAGAACAGUGGAUCAAGACUGUUACUGAUGCCUUCCAUGAUCUGUACCAAAACUACAGUGAACACAACCUGCUAGAUUCCUAUGUAGUAGAUCAUGGCUUUGCGGAAACAGAAGUGGUUCAAGAACCUCACUUCCAACAACAAGACAUGCCUCAAGAUGCUAAUACAGAUGAGAUAAGUCCACAAUCAGAGCAAACCACAGAGUCACAUCAACAAGAGACGCAACCUAAGGUAGAGAGGCAGCAGAAUGUGAGUGAAGAGUAUCAAGACCACACGUCAUUUAUGGAUGACGUGCUCCUGGAGGAAGGGUCUACUCUUGUUACAGUUGGAGACUCGUUUUCGGACUUUGAUAUUGAAAUAUCAGAGAUGAAACCAGAGCUGGAUCAGUACUUAGAUGACUGUUUGGUUCUGAAGUCGGAAGACUUUGAUGUACUAAGCUGGUGGAGACUCAAUAGCAACAACUACCCCACACUGUCUAAGAUGGCUGCUGAUCUUCUCUCCAUUCCAUUCAGUACGGUCUCGCCUGAGUCUGUAUUCGACACGGAAGUGAAGCAGAUGGACAGUUAUAGGACCUCUCUUCCUCGUGGAACAUUGGAGGCUCUCUUGUGCACCAAAGACUGGCUCAAGAACCAAACAUUAUGAAUUUUACUCCGCUUUUUUUAAUUUUUGGAUUCGCUUUUUUUUAGUUUUGAAAUUAGUUUUUUUCAUAUCUGAGUUGCUUUUUUAACUAUAACUAUUUGUCUUUUGAUUGCAUAGAUGACUUUGAUUGUUAUUCAUCUCAUGAAUGACUAUAAACUUCCAUGUCUCUGCUUCA